AUGUUGCAGGCUCUGGACGUCCCCUUGGUCAAGAAAUGCAGCAUGCAAGGUGCAGAGUUGAAGGACUUUCUGCCAGAGCUCCAGGAUCAUCGCAUAACGGCCCUGGUCACUGUCGCUCAUCGCUGCCUCAGGGACCAAACAGACGACUUCGUGGUGCUUGUGUCCAAGAAGGGCUUCGCCAAGAAGGUCUCCAUCGACCGCUUUCGCGGCCUGCGCCCAGGCAAAGGGCUCCCCUGCAUGAAACUGGCUGCUGACGAUGAGUUGCAGUGGGCACACAAGGCCACGGCAAACUCUGCACUAGUUGUGGCAACAGCGGAAGGCGGAGUUCUGCGCGUGUCUCUUGGCCAGGACUGGUCCUUGAACACUGCCAAAGGGCCCGGCCGUUCGGUGAUCAGGAUGUGGAAGAAAUUCCAGGAAGAUUACAUCGCGGCUUCCAGCAUCUCUGCCCUCACCGCAGCGGAAUUGGCAAACAUCCGCUCAAAGGUGGCUGCCAAGGCCAAUGCGGCAGCGCGUCCCAGCGCGGAAGGCCCAGCGAAAGCCGAGAACGAAGAGUCAGAAAAGGAGGAGGCAGCAGAAAAGGAAGAGGCUGCAGCAGACGACAGUGACGAAGAUGAGAAGGAUGCAGAGGAUGUAAGCGGUGAAAAGGCAGACGGAGCUCAGGAUGAAGUUCUGGAUGUUGGCCAGGAGUUUGCAGCGUGCUCUCCCUUGUCCAUGGAGAAGUACUCUUUCGUGCAGCGGCUGGGACAAGGUGCCUUUGCUGUGGUAUGGAAGGCACGCCGGAAGUCGGACGGCCGGCUUGUCGCUGUCAAGCAGCUAAAGCAAUCGCCAGAGUCCUGGGAAGCAUGCAAGCAGCUUCCGGAGGUGCGGGCCGCCGCGGCCAUUUCGGAUCGGAGGUCUACCGGAAAAAUGAACAGGCCAGAGCAGCAGAGAAGAGCGGCUUGCCAUUUCGAGGCAUCUGGUGCAACUCCUGGAGGCAGUACGGCACGGUGA